UCCUAUCCUCACUGUGCGUUCCCUCUUUGUAGAACCACCCUCAAGCUCUGUACUCCACACCCCUCACCCCCAGCCUCAGACCUUCCCAGAGAAAUUGUGUAGAAUUGAGAGACAAAGCAAGGUCCACUUGAAAAAAGAGUGUCCGCCCACAUAAACUUCUUCAGAACAAUCUUUGCACAACGUACCUGCUGCUUAGUAAAUGUUUAAUAGUGAACUAAAACGUCCUCCUUUCCAUGCCCAUCCCCCAGAGCCCUGCCCUGGGAGGGGGGAGGUGAAGAGAACUAAGAUAACAUCGUUCUUCAGCUUUCUCGUCUCCUGGCUUCCAAACUCUGCCCAGGUUCUCCAAUGUCCGAAUUCCAAACGUGAUGACCUGCUCUACUGGCAAGACCUCUGAGAGAAAUAGAAUAACAAGCCACGGUCCUGGUGCUGCAUGAUAUGGACGGACAACGCCAGAAGGCCGGGGGCCAAGUAUGACGGAUUAGACGGGUUCCUUGGGAAACCUAGUCCGAUGAUCACAGAACCUGGAGAAAGGCGAGUCCUUGGGUUCACUGUGAUGUCACCACUGGCAGCUGGGCGAUCGGGAGAGCUGCUCCUCCUCUCGGAACCUUGUUUCGCUUCCGUGCAAAAGACCUAACAGCCUCGGCUGGCCUGGCUCCCGGCUCUGUUUGGAGGCCUGCAGUCUGGUGCCCGCGGCGCGGGAGGUGAAGGUGGCUUGUUCGGAGGAUGUGGACUUGCCCUGCACUGCCCCCUGGGACCCGCAGGUCCGCUACGCGGUUUUCUGGGCCAAGCUCACAAAUGGCAGUGCAGAGAGGAUGGAGGUGCCCCAGGAAGACCUGCAGUACUAUCAGCAGAGGGCCUCUUCAGAGGCCCCCAGGGAAAGGCUGUAUUCCCUGAGGAUCCAAAACACUACCAGCUGCAACUCGGGGACCUACAGGUGCACUCUGGUGGAUCCAGAAGGGCAGAGAAACCUCAGUGGCACCAUGAUCUUGAAAGUGACAGGAUGCUCUAAGGGACGCAAAGAAGAGACUUUUAAGAAAUACAGAGCUGAGGUUGUCCUGCUGUUGGCUCUGGUCAUUUUCUACGUGACACUCAUCAUUUUCACUUGCAAGUUUGCACGACAGCAGAGUAUUUUUCCAGACUUUCUUAAACCUGCCGUGGAACAUGCUUUUCUCCCAGUUACCUCCCCAGAUAAGCAUUUGGAGCCAGUGACUCUUCACAAGACAGAACUGGUGUGAGCAGGGUUUCUGCAGACUGUUUUUCCAAGGUUGAAGGCUCCGUGGUGUGCAUCCACAUCACACCGAACAGGAGAAGCCUGGGCCCCACACUGAACACACCAUCCUUCCUGUGAAGCCCUUCGCUUGACUGAAACAUCCAAAAGUGGAUCCCACCCCACUUUUUGUGAGCGGGGCCUUGAAAAUUGUGACAUGACCGCAAAGCACGGGGCCGCCUACAGGGUGCUUUUCAGUGCUGCUUCUUUAUGACCUUCUUAGCGUUUUAUUCAGCUAUCUGGUCAACCUCUUGGACAGGUUUGUUUUUUUUUUCAGUCUUAGAAAAGCUAUGGUGAGAUGAAGUUGGAAAAGGACCUUGGGAUAUAUGAAUGCCUGGAGUUGGCCCUGUGUAGACCCUUGAGGGCAGCUGUCCUCUUCCACAUCUGGAAAACAUCUCUGAAUUUGCUGUGUUUUCUUGUCUAAGCCCAGAUGUUUUAUGUCUGGGAGAAAGUGACAGGGUAAGCUGAGAGACAGAGGGAAAUAUUUAGCAAAUAGUUUCCCGGCAUGAAGGCCCUGCUAUUACGAAGGAGUAUGAUGUGUACGCAGAAAUAACAGGUCGAUGAACUGUCCCCAACAGGGCCUUUUAUAUGGGAAAGGCAUCCAUAAAGAAGCAAUAGAGAAGAAUGUCACAAUUAUUUUUAUAUCUGUGUAUACUUGUCAAAGAAGGAUUUGUGCUGCUUCUCCUUUUGAAAUCUGUAUCUUCAGUUAGAUAUCGUUAACUGACAAGCAACCUGUAUAUGGAGGGUGAGAAGAAGUGGGAAACUGUGACAAUAGGAGGGAGAGCUAUUUAGGGACCUGAUGAAAAUGCUGGACCAAUUGUGCAAACUGGAUGCUGGCCCCAGUUGUCCCACUACUUAGCUGUCUGAUCUUGGACAAGAUCCUUAUGGUUUCUACUUUCUCAGUUGUAAACCAGAAGGUUGAUGUAUGAGUUGAUUGAAAAAAAUAUAUGUGAAAAUUCUUUGAAAGAGUAUAAAGCACUAUC